AUGACGAUUUACCAAGACACCAACAAUGAAGUUGAAAUAAUGAAGCUAAAAAAAUCUAAAGUAACACCUCACCAAGGCACUAACGAUGAAGCUGGAAUGUCAGUUCAUCAAGGCACCAAUGACAAAGCUGAAAUGACGAAGCCUUACCAAGGUACCAAUGACGAAGCCGAAAUGUUAAUUUACCAAGGCACUAAUGAUGAAGCUAAAGUGACAUCUUAA